AUGGGUGACCGCGACCAGCGAGGCCUCUCCGCAGAGGAGCUGCGCGUGAUCUCAGUGCACAACCCACCAUUUGUAAAGAUUCAUCAGGAGAUGGCGAAUCACUUCACGCACAGCGGCUACCUGAUCGACCUGUGGAACAUCAUCAGCGCGGAGCUGGACUUGCGGUACCGCCUGCUGCCGCCGAGACCCGGAGGCUACGGGGCACUGCUGCACAACGGCAGCUGGACCGGCAUGGUCGGCGAGCUGGCAGAAAAGCGCGCCGACGUGGCACUUGCCGCCAUGUUUUACCGUGAAGACCGUGCCGCCGUCCUGGACUACGUGAACAUGGCGCCCGUCUGGUCCGGUCACUACGAGUUCUACAUGCGAGCCGGCGAGAGAGACACCGCCGCCCUCACCGGCGACAUGUUCGCCUCGCUGCUGCGGCCACUACACCAACACGUCUGGCUCAUGCUCUUUCUCUCUUUGGUGGCGCUGGCCAUCGUGCUCGUCACCUCAGUCCGCCUGAGCCGCGGACCCGCCGAGAGUGGACCGACCCGCCGCGAGUUCUCCUUCGGCUUCAGCUGCCUCUCCGUCCUGAUGACGGUGACCGGCCAGGGCUGGGCUGUUACACCAGUCUCGGCCCCGGCUCGUAUAGUCACCAUCUGCAGUUGGAUCACCGGCCUGUUGAUCACCUUCCACUACACGGCCAACAUGGUCUCGCACCUGACGGUGGUGCAGCCGGCGGCGCCUAUCAGCAGUCUGGCGGAGUUCGCAACCAACAACGACUGGACGCUGGCCAUGGAGGACGGUCUCGGCAUCAUCGGCUCCUGGGCGCAGAAGAGUCCCGUGCCGGCCGAGCGUCACCUGUAUAAGCGAACGGCCUCUGGAGAGCGGUUCCUCCGGCUGAACGGCACGCCGGAGGCGUUCCUCGCCGCCGUCCAGCCGCGCACCCUGCUCUACCACGACCAGGACCUCGUCAUCACGGCUAUCGGCGAGGAGGCGUGUCAUCUUCUACCGCUGGUCGAGCCCGAUCCCAGAGGGAAACCGGAGGCUACUUAUCUGGUGUUGAGGAAGGGCCUGAAGCCGCUCAGGAGCGUCAUUAACAAAACGCUCCUGCGCCUGAUGCAGACGGGCACACUGUCCCGGCUGAAGCGACGCUGGCUUCGCGGCAGCCGGCAGCUCUGCCCAGACCAGCGGCUAGCCGUCCGGCCCCUGACGCUGGCCGACAUGCUGGCCGUGAUCGUCAUUGUGCCGCUGGCAGCGAUCGGCGCUGGUCUGGUGUUGGCCGGGGAGCUGCUGGCCAGCCGCCUGAGAUGCCUCUGA